GAUGGCACCCUCCCGCAUCAUAUCCGCGAACCACGUCCGGACAUAAAAACGAACAUCUAUUUGCGGAUCAGCUUUGAAGAUGCCCCAAGAGUACAUUGUGGUCAUUAACUUGUGGUGGUUCUCCUCACCGACAGUGCUACUGUGGCCACAGCUAACCAAGGAUUUUUGCCCCAUGGCCAUCUCCUUAUACGCUCGUCUCUCAGCCUCAGUCCCUCACCUUGCUGCGCAGCGCCUGAGCUCUCUCUUUCUCACCUCGCUGGAGACCGCCUCGCCAGCAAGCCCCAGCUGGUACGUGGAGCGGCAUCACAACAGUGGCCAGAAGUUCGACAUGAGCACCAUGGCAACCAUGGCCAGAUUCUGGUGCUCGCUCCUGCUCCUGUGGCUCUGCUAUCUUGUCCUCUCUCCGGUGGACUCGUCGCCGGUUGCCAUCACGCACCUGCCCGGCUUCGACGGGCCACUCCCAUUCUCCCUCGAAACCGGGUAUGUGGAGGUGGACGAAAGCAAUGGUGCGCACCUUUUCUACUACUUCGUCGAGUCGGAGAAGGACCCCAAGGGAGACCCGCUGCUGCUGUGGAUGCAGGGUGGACCCGGCUGCUCCAGCCUCUCUGGCAUUCUCUACGAGAUGGGGCCCUUCCGGUUUGACAUCCAAGGGUACAGACGUGGACGCCCUACUUUGCUGUACCGACCGGAGACAUGGACCAAGGUCAGCAAUAUAAUCUUUAUUGAUAGUCCUAUUGGGUCUGGGUUCUCGUACGCCACAACUGAAGAAGGGUUCAAAUCUAGUGAUACCAAGGCAGUUAAAAUGCAAGUCGUCUUCCUCAAAAAGUGGUUGCAUGAGCACCCCCAGUUCCUCUCAAAUCCACUUUAUGUUGGUGGUGAAUCAUAUAUUGUUAUGAUCAUACCCAGUCUUGCCCUAGAAAUCCACUUAUCAAACAAGGAAUCUGGGGAAGAACCGCUUCUUAACCUCAAGGGGUACUUUGCCGGGAAUCCAAUGACUGACGACAGGUUUGACAGCGCUGGUACAAUCCGAUUUUUUCAUGGUAUGGCAAUACUAUCGGACGAACUUUACGAGUUUGCCAAGGAGAGCUGUGGAGGAAACUACAGUGAUCCACCCAAUGCGUUAUGUCGCGAGUCCAUCCAAGCUAUUGACAAUUGCACAAAAGAUAUCAACUUAUCCCACAUCCUGGAGCCCUCAUGUGAGAAGAUAUGGAGCCCUAGGAUUCAGCAAGCAACAGCAAGCAAUAAAACAAGCAGUGGGCUCAGGGUGGAGUCCUUGGCUGGUGAUGAUCUCAUGUUUCCCUUCAAGUGUAGAAGAGAUACCUACCAGCUAUCUUAUGUAUGGGCAAAUGAUGAAGGAGUAAGGGAGAGUCUUGGCAUUCGCCAGGGAACUAAGGGGGAAUGGAAAAGAUGUGCUCUCGACAUACCGUACACUAGAGAUAUAACAAGUACACUAGAGAUAUAACAAGUACACUAGAGAUUCAUUCGAGGCUACGUAGAGAAGGAUAUCCAGCACUGAUAUACAAUGGCGACCAUGAUAGCGUGUUUUCGUUCGUUGGCACUCAAGCAUGGAUAAGAUCUCUUAACCUGUUUAUCACAGAUGACUGGAGACCAUGGUAUGUUGAUGGCCAGGUUGCAGGAUUCACAACAAGUUACUCAACUAACCUAACGUAUGCAACUGUGAAGGGGGCUGGGCAUACUACUCCAGAGUACAAGCCCAAGGAGUGCCUCGCGAUGUUCGCCAAGUGGCUUUCGGGUGAACCUCUAUGAAGGAAGGACGACCUUUGUUUGGAUGAGCGAGUGUCAGUGCCUAUUUGUCGCAUCUAACUAAAUACUCUCUCCGUCCCAAAAUAAGUGUUAUUUUUGGAUGGAGGAAGUAUGAAAUAAACAAGGUUCCUAAAUAGAACCACACAUUGCUCGCUUUCUUGGAUGUACACCCCUUGCACAAUUUGAGUACCUUAUGUUAUG